CGCCGAGGAGACACGAACAGUGACAGCAGCUGUCGCAGCCGCAGCCGCAGCCCCAGCCCUGUCCCAAGCUUGACGGUCGGCGAGAUGGCCUCGUCCCAGCUGUCAUCCGACCACAAUGCCACCGGCGCGGGCACCGCUUCCGUGGCCGUGGCCAUCGACAAGGACAAGAACAGCCCGCAUGCCGUGCGGUGGGCCAUCGACCAUCUAGGGGCCAACGGCUCAGUUAUGACCCUGAUCCAUGUCAAGAACAAGAAUCCGCAACACAUCGCUUCCGGCACUGAUGUUGUGGGAGACCCGGCGGAUGGAGAUUCGCGAGAUCUUUUCGUUGUUUACCGUGGAUACUGCGCUCGCAAAGGGGUUCAAAUAAAGGAGAUGGUCGUUGAGGAGAAUGAUGUUGCCAAAGGCCUUCUGGAAUAUAUCGCAAACAACUGCAUCACCAGCAUCGUCAUGGGUGCAGCGAGUCGGAACACUCUCGCCAGGAAGUUGAAGUACACCGAUGUGGCGACCUCCGUUUCGAAGUCUGCACCCGACUUUUGUAGCGUUUACGUGAUUUCAAAAGGGAAGGUAGUGUCGGUCCGGCAAGCGCGGCGGCCUGUGGUGAACACCGCGACUCCCCCUAGACAGCCAAAUUCUCGCUGCGUCUCUCCUAUUUGUUCACCAGAACAGACGAAGCUCCAGGACUCAGUCAGAGGCAAUGGCAGGGGAAGAAGAAGAAGUAUGGGAUCGGAUAUAAUGGAUAAGAACCGGGUUUCUGCUGUGAACCUGUCGGUGGACAAUCUCGACCUCCGUGGGUUCAGUUCUCCGCCACAGCGAAAUUCUCUGUCCGACGAGAGUGAUAUCUCGGGGUCUCUAUCUUUUGGAUCGAUGGAUUUGGGGGGCCAGAGGUUUGAUUUCAGCAUGGUGGAGUCGGAUCCGCUGUCAUCUUCUUCAAUCAGUCAAUCUUCUCGAGAACUAGAGGCCGAAAUGAACAGACUCAAGCUUGAACUUAAGCAAACCAUGGAUAUGUACAGCAAUGCUUGCAAAGAGGCCAUCUCCGCCAAAAAGCAGGCUGAAGAGCUUCAUAUGUUGAAGAUUGAAGAAGCUCGUAGGUUCGAGGAAGCCAGGCUUGCAGAAGAGGCCGCUCUCGCUGUUGCCGAGAUGGAAAAGGCUAAGUGCAAAGCUGCCAUUGAAGCAGCAGAGAAGGCGCAAAGGCUGGCUGAAAUGGAGGGACAGAGAAGGCGACAUGCUGAGAUGAAAGCCAAGCUAGAGUCAAAAGAAAAGGUUCGAGCACUGAGUGCCUUGCACCAGAAUGAUACCCGAUACAGGAAAUACACCAUAGAAGAAAUCGAGGAAGCAACUGACAAAUUCGCAAAGACAAAUAAGAUCGGUGAAGGCGGAUAUGGGCCGGUAUACAAGGGAAAGCUUGACCAUACGCCUGUAGCAAUCAAGGUACUGCGACCGGAUGCUGUUCAAGGGAAAAAGCAAUUCCAUCAAGAGGUCGAGGUUCUGAGCUGCAUGAGACAUCCAAACAUGGUCCUCCUUCUAGGAGCUUGCCCCGAGUAUGGAUGCUUGGUGUACGAAUAUAUGGAUUUCGGCAGUCUAGAAGACCGCCUAUUUCGAAAAGGCAAAACCCCUCCAAUUUCGUGGCAGAAGCGGUUCAAUAUAGCAGCCGAGAUCGCAACGGCUCUUUUGUUUCUCCACCAAUCCAAGCCUGAGCCCCUCGUUCAUAGGGACCUCAAGCCGGCCAACAUCCUCUUAGACCGUAACUACAAGAGCAAGAUUAGUGAUGUCGGCCUAGCGAGGUUGGUCCCCCCUACCGUAGCAGAUAGCGUCACGCAAUAUCACAUGACUUCGGCUGCAGGAACGUUCUGUUAUAUAGAUCCGGAGUAUCAACAGACGGGCAAAUUAACCACCAGAUCAGACGUGUACUCCUUCGGGAUAAUGUUGCUUCAAAUAAUCACAGCUCGACCCGCGAUGGGGCUGUCCCACCAUGUUAGAACUGCCAUCGAGAAGGGAAUGUUAGAAGAGAUGCUUGAUCCAGCAGUGCUGGAUUGGCCAGUGGAAGAGGCUUUAGCAUUUGCUAAAUUGGCUCUAAUGUGCGCGGAGCUGCGAAAGAAGGAUAGACCUGAUCUCGGAACAGUUGUAUUGCCGGAGCUUAACCGGCUAAGAGAUUUUGGAAGCAACUUAGAGAGCAGCAGUGGUAAUAUUCACAGCCAUGGACCGAAUUCUACCGUUGCAAGCAGCGGACCUAGUUCUCCCGCUGUAAGCCAUGGACCAAGUUCUCCUGCUUUAAGUCCUCGACAGGGCGCAUCAUACGAGACUCCGAAUGAUGGAAAUGAUGGUUGAACGGAUGCAUAUACGCUCAAGGAUGACAUCGACCGACCUUGGAAGAACUCAUAAUUGGAGGACUUGUCCCACAAAAAGCUACACGGUAUCGCAAAGAUCUGGCCCUGCUAUUACCCCCAUCAGAUUUAAACUGUGAAGAUCAUUCUCUUCGGGCGCUUGUUGAUAGUAGAGAACAGUGUGGAAAGUUUAUAGUUAAGCUUUUUUGGGCAGACAAUUACUACCACUUGGAAUAAAAAAAAAUUUGUGCUGCCUGCACUGACUGAAGGCAACUUUUCUGUUUGCUCUUGGAAUGAAUUCGCCUUUCUAGUUUUUCCUUGUGACAGCAAAUCGAAACAGCAUUUCAUCCGAAUCUCUUGGCCUCGCCAUGUCUCCUCGUGAUCUUUUUUUAAUUUUGGUCGUAAUCAUUCUAAUAAUCAGGUUGCUCAGGCUAAUUUACAUGGUUUUUAGACCAUAUUUAUGGAGAUUUUCGAAUAAAAAACAUUACUUUAUGCAAUGUGAUGAUGCCAACUUCUGAUUGAACUGAAGACAAACAAGAUUUCCCCUGGAAUCAGGAAUGGAAGUGGAAAGUUGGAGGCCAACCUUCCAAAGAGAAGCAUGAGAACAAAGAAGGAUAAAAGCAAAAGGUGUGAUCUGUGUGGCUAGGACUUGAUGCACAAAGAGAGGUGAAUGGGUUGUGAUAUGUGUGAGUCAAAAGCUAAAAAGCAACAGCAUCUGUCAAGCAACUUUCACCUAGGAUUCCACUCCAUGGGGAUAAAAGGAGAAUUGAAAGAAUAGACACUUUUUAUCUCUAGGGUCUCUAAAUUCUGUCCUUUCAUG